AUGAAGGGAGGCGAAAUCGAGAUGAGAUCAGAUGCCAUGAUUUCUGUCAACACAGAAGGUCUCACAGAGCAAAAUGCUCCGAGCGGUGAGCUUGACAGCGCACCCAGCGGAGUUAGAUGCGCAUCCAAGCGUGGCUCUGUCAAUUCUGAAGGCCCGUGGGCGCUGACUGCAUGCUAUACCACCCGGCACAUGUGUCUGUAUGCCACAUGCCCAUAUUUGCGAAUGUCGCGAUUAUUCCUUGCCCUAGCACGACGCAGUAAGGACGGCGCUCUGUAUACGGAUCUUUGGGCUUUCAAGGUCCGAGGAGCAUGGCCGCGAAUAAUGCUCGAGACUGCAUCUUACAGGAUGCAGAACUGCUCGAGAUAG